AUGGUUGUAAUUGCAACAAAAUUUGACAAGCUUUGUCCGAAGAUAUCAAAGAAUGUUGAUCAUCUUUUCAAAAGUCCAAAAGCUAAACAGGCAGUCGCCAAUAUCGCUAGCUUCCAUGGAGUAAAUUCAAAUCAAGUGUUUCCUGUGGUGAAUUAUAUUGAUGAAGAAGAGCGCCUACACACAAAAGAUCAGUUGGCGUUGAAAGCUGUCUAUAGGAUUUAUAAAUUAAUAGAGGAUAGGAAAAUACGCCCUGACCAUUGGAAAGCUCGUGAAGGUGUGUUGCCUGACUGGACUGAUGAUGCUGAAAAAAGAAAUCUUGUGAGUGAGAAAUUGACACCCUUUGAUGAUAUGAACCUACGGAUCCUGUUAGUUGGUCCUGUUGAUAGUGGUAAAUCGAGUUUUAUCGAUUCGGUUCAUUCUGCGCUUUGUGGUAAAAUUGCUUGGGAUGCCAGCAUUAUGAAUGCGAGGGCAAAGACCGAUCAUAUUUUAUCUACAACAGAAAAGUUCAAGCUUUUCCCCGUUGAUUAUGUCGACAAAGAUACAGGCGCAAAACGGAGGAGCGGUAUACGUCUAGGUGAUACACCUGGGUUUCAAGAACAAGAUGGCAUCAAAGAAGAUCAUGUCAAUUCUAUUAUUAGUGGAAAUGUUGCCGACGGCUAUAAAAUAAUUAAUGCAAUUCAAGAUACACAAGAAGACUUGCAGAGGGACCAAUCACCAGGUGACAAAAUGCACUGCGUAUGUUUUGUUUUCGACUGUGAGAAAGUACAAAAAGGCCUCCCAGAAAAUAUAAAAAGGUCAAUGAUUAAGUUGCGUUCGAUAAUUGUGGAAAAGGCUUGUCCGCAUAUAGUGCUUUUAACAAAAUGCGACAAAGUAAGCGAUUCCUUGAAAACGAGCAGACAGAGGAUUUUUGAAGACGGAAAUGUACGGGAGUGCAAGGAAAUACUCAAGAAAGAGUUCCUGUUUAAACAACAACAGAUAUAUCCUAUAGUUAAUUACGAUGAUCAAAUUGAUGUGGAUAAACAAACUGAUAGACUCAUUUUAGCGGCUUUCUUUGAAAUCCUUGACCUUCGAAAGAAACCUAUGGAAAGUGCUGAGGGACAAGGAGAGGAAUGA